AUGCUCCGUGUGCGAAGCGCCCCGGCCGGCACCUCAGGGCGCAGUGGCCAGCGCAGACCUCGGCCGGGAGUCGGGGAGAGCCGCCGCCGCGGAGGGGUUUCCCUCUUCCCCGCACCCGGAGGCAGCGGGCACAGCGCCGGAGCCGCUGUCCAAACAUCCCAGCGGCCGGAGACAGCAAACGGUCCGGCUGCCGUGCCGGGUGUUCCUGCUGGACGGGAACCGACGUUCAACGUGGAGCUGCCGAAAAAUGCGAAAGGGCUGGAUUUGUUUGACCAGAUAGUCUAUCAUUUGGACCUUGUGGAAACAGAUUACUUUGGCCUGCAGUUCAUGGAUGCCUCCCAGGUUACACACUGGCUGGACCAUUCUAAACCAAUUAAGAAGCAAAUAAAAAUUGGACCUCCAUACACUUUGCAUUUUCGAAUUAAAUAUUACUCAUCAGAACCGAACAACCUUCACGAGGAGUUUACAAGGUACCUGUUUGUAUUACAGCUCCGGCAAGACAUUCUUUCAGGAAAACUGAAAUGUCCGUAUGACACUGCUGUGGAACUAGCAGCUCUGUGUCUUCAAGCUGAACUUGGAGAGUGUGAGCACCCAGAACACACACCAGAACUAGUGUCUGAAUUCAGAUUUACACCAAACCAGACUGAAGCUAUGGAAUUUGAUAUCUUUCAGAAAUGGAAAGAGUACAGGGGAAAAACCCCAGCACAGGCUGAAUUAUGCUAUUUGAACAAAGCUAAAUGGUUGGAAAUGUACGGUGUAGAUAUGCAUGUUGUUAAGGGAAGAGACGGAUGUGACUACGCGCUUGGACUUACACCAACAGGCAUAUUGAUCUUUGAAGGAGCAAACAAAAUAGGUUUAUUUUUUUGGCCUAAAAUCACUAAAAUGGACUUCAAAAAGAGCAAAUUAACACUUGUGGUCGUAGAAGAUGAUCAACAGGGCAGAGAACAAGAGCACACAUUUGUUUUCCGGUUAGACAAUGCAAAAACUUGCAAACAUUUGUGGAAAUGUGCAGUGGAACACCAUGCAUUCUUCAGACUGCGAAUACCAGCAAACAGUAAAUCUAGCAGAUCUGACUUCAUAAGGCUGGGUUCACGCUUCAGAUUCAGUGGUCGAACAGAGUAUCAAGCAACACAUGGAUCCAGGUUACGCAGAACCAGUACAUUUGAAAGAAAACCCAGCAAACGGUAUCCAUCACGAAGGCAUUCAACUUUUAAAACAAACAAUCCUGUGAAGGCAGCACAACUGUGGAUCUGGGAAGUUGGUGUCUCUAGUAGUCAUAAAAGGUACAAGACAUCACAGUAUCACCCUAAUAUACAUCCUGGUCCACCACACUGGCACCCUCAUACUCCUGUGAACGUAAGGCCACCCUAUCAUGAUGACAGACCAUAUUGGAAACCAACCACAAGUGGAGAUGACCGCAGUUUACAUUAUAUCCAGGAUCAGAACCAGAAGAAUUUAGGAGGAAUCCAAAGUAUGGUGUACCAAGAUAAACUCAUGACAACACUCUACCCCUUAAACAACACUGACCUUCAUCAGUUCAACAUUGAAGAAAAUGGUGGAGCACCAUUUACCACAAAAAUGUCUGGAAGGCAUCACCACCACCACCAUCGGCAUCACCAUCACCACUCUAAUUAUGGAGUAAUUGUUCCCAACAGCAAAGAUAUUGUUUCUGGAGUUCCAAACCCAAAUAAAUUGAGCUCAGGACUUCCCCUCCUUUAUGAUAACACUUCUUCCCAUCUGAAGAAGAUGGAAGUGGAGACUGUGAAGGUAAUUGGACCAUGGCCAGCUCUACACAUCAAUAUAAACAAG